AUGGAUCGCGACAAAGUUCUAGUCUUCGGCGCUACUGGGCCUGCUGGGAUUUGCGUGUUAAGAGAGCUUCUCUCGCGGAACAUUCCUGCAUUGGCCUUUUGUCGAAAUCCCGGCAAAAUUCCAAAAGAUCUGUCUGAUCACGCACUCCUCGAGAUUCUGAAGGGAGAUAUGACCAACCGCGAGGACUUCUCCCGCGCAAUUUCUAAAUCUCGUGCUAUAAUAUCUCUACUCGGACCCAGUGCCGAUCGCCAACCUCGGAAUACUUUUGCCGACUACUAUCGAACAAUCGUUUCUUCAAUGAAGGAACAUGGCGUACACCGCUUUCUCGUUCUUGGAACAACGGCCAUCUAUCGCCACGAUGACCGCACAUCCAUUGUUCGUUCCCUCAUGAAAGCACUCAUUCAGCUGGUCGUCAACCACGCAUACCAAAAUGUCAUGGCUAUCCAAGAAUACUUCGACUCAGUUCAAGAUCCGUCGAUCGAGUGGACAGUAUAUCGUCUAGGGUGGCUCACUGGUACGAGUGAUCCAGCUGCCUGGUCUGAGGAUCGGAAGAAAGGGGAAGCCUACGCAGGACCUGUCGGAGGGCCAGGUUUCACUUCUGGAGUGAACAGAAGUAUUUUGGCCAAGUGGCUGGUCGAUACGAGUCUAGACCCGAGCGCCAAGUGGAAGCAACAGAUGCCGGCUGUCAGUAACCUGCGAAAGUAG